GGCCCCGCCCGAGCUCGCCGCGUGCCCCCCUCCGGCCCCCGCGGCCCGAGCGCGCCCACCUGAGUCCGUCUGCGCCCACCUGAGCCCAUACGCCGGCGCCAUGGCGGAGCAAGAGAGCCUGGAGUUCGGCAAGGCGGACUUCGUACUGAUGGACACCGUCUCCAUGCCCGAGUUCAUGGCCAACCUCCGGCUCAGAUUUGAGAAAGGACGCAUCUAUACAUUCAUUGGAGAAGUUGUUGUUUCUGUGAAUCCUUACAAGUCGUUGAACAUCUAUGGGAGAGACACCAUCGAGCAGUAUAAAGGACGUGAGCUGUACGAGAGACCUCCUCAUCUUUUUGCAAUUGCUGAUGCUGCUUACAAAGCUAUGAAGAGGCGCUCAAAAGACACUUGUAUUGUGAUAUCAGGGGAGAGUGGAGCCGGUAAAACCGAAGCCAGUAAGUACAUCAUGCAGUACAUCGCGGCCAUCACCAACCCCAGUCAGAGAGCGGAGGUGGAAAGAGUGAAGAACAUGUUGCUUAAGUCCAACUGUGUCUUGGAGGCUUUCGGGAAUGCCAAAACCAACCGCAAUGACAACUCAAGCAGGUUCGGAAAAUACAUGGAUAUCAACUUUGAUUUCAAGGGGGAUCCUAUUGGUGGACAUAUCAAUAACUACUUACUGGAGAAGUCUCGGGUGAUUGUGCAACAACCAGGAGAAAGAAGCUUUCAUUCUUUUUAUCAGCUACUUCAAGGAGCUUCCGAGCAGAUGCUACGCACUCUGCAUCUCCAGAAAUCCCUGUCGUCCUACAACUAUAUCCACGUAGGCGCUCAGUUAAAGUCCUCUAUCAACGACGCUGCAGAAUUCAAAGUAGUAGCUGAUGCCAUGAAAGUGAUUGGCUUCAAACCUGAGGAGACUCAAACCGUGUAUAAGAUUCUGGCGGCCAUUCUUCACUUGGGAAAUUUAAAAUUCGUGGUGGAUGGUGACACGCCUCUCAUCGAAAAUGGCAAGGUUGUGCCUAUCAUCGCAGAAUUGCUCUCCACCAAGACGGAUAUGGUUGAGAAGGCCCUUCUCUACCGGACGGUGGCCACGGGUCGCGACAUCAUUGACAAGCAGCACACGGAGCAGGAAGCUAGUUAUGGCAGGGACGCCUUUGCUAAGGCAAUAUACGAACGCCUUUUUUGUUGGAUUGUUACUCGCAUCAAUGAUAUUAUUGAGGUCAAGAACUAUGACACCACGAUCCACGGGAAAAACACUGUCAUCGGUGUCUUGGAUAUCUAUGGCUUUGAAAUCUUUGACAACAACAGCUUUGAGCAGUUCUGCAUCAACUACUGCAACGAGAAGCUUCAGCAGCUCUUCAUUCAGCUCGUGCUGAAGCAGGAGCAGGAGGAGUACGAGCGGGAGGGCAUCCCCUGGAAGCACAUCGAUUACUUCAACAAUCAGAUCAUCGUGGACCUUGUGGAACAGCAGCACAAGGGGAUCAUUGCAAUCCUGGAUGAUGCCUGCAUGAAUGUGGGCAAAGUCACCGAUGAAAUGUUCCUCGAAGCACUUAACAGUAAACUGGGCAAACAUGGUCAUUUUUCCAGCCGAAAGCUCUGCGCCUCAGACAAAAUCCUGGAGUUUGAUCGUGAUUUUCGAAUUCGACAUUACGCAGGUGACGUGGUCUAUUCGGUCAUUGGAUUUAUUGACAAAAAUAAAGACACUCUAUUUCAAGAUUUCAAGCGCCUCCUGUAUAACAGUUCCAAUCCUGUGCUGAAGAACAUGUGGCCCGAAGGCAAACUGAGUAUUACAGAGGUGACCAAGCGACCUCUGACCGCUGCCACCUUGUUUAGGAAUUCGAUGAUCGCUUUAGUGGACAACCUUGCAUCAAAGGAGCCGUAUUAUGUACGUUGCAUCAAACCCAAUGACAAGAAAUCCCCACAGAUAUUCGAUGACGAACGCUGCCGGCACCAAGUAGAGUACCUUGGACUACUGGAAAACGUGAGGGUGCGACGGGCGGGGUUUGCCUUCCGCCAGACGUACGAGAAGUUUCUUCACAGAUACAAGAUGAUCUCUGAAUUCACCUGGCCCAACCAUGACCUCCCUUCAGACAAAGAGGCUGUCAAGAAGCUGAUUGAACAUUGUGGUUUUCAGGAUGACGUAGCUUAUGGGAAGACCAAAAUUUUCAUCCGAACACCCCGAACACUGUUUACCUUGGAGGAGCUCCGUGCCCAGAUGCUCAUAAGGAUUGUCCUCUUUCUACAAAAGGUCUGGCGAGGCACGCUGGCCCGCAUGCGGUACAAGAGGACCAAGGCAGCUCUGACGAUUAUCAGAUACUACCGGCAUUACAAAGUGAAAUCGUACAUUCAUGAGGUUGCCAGACGCUUCCACGGCGUCAAGACCAUGAAGGACCACGGGAAGCACGUGAAGUGGCCAACCCCACCUAAAGUUCUCCGCCGUUUCGAGGAGGCCUUACAGGCCAUUUUUAAUAGAUGGAGAGCAUCCCAGCUCAUCAAGAGCCUGCCUGCUUCCGACCUGCCCCAGGUCAGGGCCAAGGUUGCAGCCAUGGAAAUGCUGAAAGGUCAAAGGGCUGACCUUGGACUCCAGAGAGCCUGGGAGGGCAACUAUCUUGCUUCGAAGCCAGACACACCUCAGACCUCAGGCACUUUUGUCCCCGUCGCAAACGAACUGAAGCGGAAGGACAAAUACAUGAACAUCCUCUUUUCCUGUCACGUCCGUAAGGUGAAUCGAUUCAGUAAGGUGGAAGACCGAGCGAUUUUUGUCACCGAUCGUCACCUGUAUAAGAUGGACCCCACUAAACAGUACAAGGUGAUGAAGACUAUUCCUCUAUACAAUUUGACUGGUCUGAGUGUCUCCAAUGGAAAGGACCAACUUGUAGUGUUCCAUACAAAAGACAAUAAAGACCUCAUUGUCUGCCUCUUCAGCAAACAGCCAACCCAUGAGAGUCGAAUUGGAGAACUUGUUGGUGUCCUGGUGAAUCAUUUCAAGAGUGAGAAGCGCCACCUUCAAGUCAACGUCACCAACCCCGUGCAGUGCAGCCUGCAUGGGAAGAAGUGCACGGUCUCCGUGGAGACGCGCAUCAACCAGCCGGAGCCUGACUUCACCAAGAACCGCUCGGGCUUCAUCCUUAGCGUGCCGGGGAACUGACCGCUCGCCGGGGAGGCCUCGCCAGGGCGGGGGA